UGGGCGUUGGUCCAUGGAGGAGUCGGCAGCAAAGAUGUGGGCAAGCAUUUCCGCCUUAGAAAGCCGAGGAAACAUAUGAACAACUCACCUAUACUAUUCGGCGAUCCAGUCUGCCUGUCGGCCGCCGCCUCCGCCAGUACCAGCCGCGCGAGAUGAAUCCUAUUGGGGGCGGCCGCGGACGCAGACGCCGCCCCUGCUACCGUCGUCUCGCCGAACGCGACGUCUUCUUCGAACGCCGCUCCCAGGCUAGCGCAGUCACCGCCAACGUCGUUUUCGUCUUCGUCCUCGGCGAGCGCCGAACCGGCAGCAGAUAAUGAGCUCGGAAGGGCAGUAUUUAACGGAAGAAAACGUGGAAUUAUUGGACCAUCCUCCAUAUAGUCCCGAUCUAAGUUCUAACGAUUUUUUUACUUUCCCGAAAAUUAAAAACAGACUGCGUGGUCAAAGGUUCCAGUCACCAGAAGAAGCCUUACCAAGUUUUCAAGCAGGCUGACGGCGAAAUGAAAGUGGAUUCCACGUUAAAAAAAAAUCGUAGGAAAAAUGGCGACUAUGUAGAAAAAUAGCUCAAAGAUCAACGUUACCAAUGGUAAAUUCCUUAUUUCAAAUAAAAAAUUAUUAUAAAUCUUUUUACUUACUUUUUUGUGCAUCCGCGCGUAACUUUGUUUAG